UUAAUUAAUAAGAUUAGUUUUGUAAAUUUGAAUUUGAAAUUAGUUAGCAAGUUAAAUAAAAAUAGGAAAGUUUUCCCAACGACUAGAAACAAUAUUUGGUUCCCUAAUAUGGACUCCUCCUCCAUUCAAUUCUAAAGCAACUUCCAUAACGGCACGAGUCCAAAUAGGUAUAUAUAACGCCCCACCGCCGAGAUUUUAUUUUAUAAUUUUUUUAAAUAUAAACCUCCGAAAUUGUUUUAACCGACACGUGUCCUUCCACCUAUAUAACCCAACCGCCUAGGUAUCGUAACCGAUCAACAUAACGCUCCCCCGCUCCUCCUCCUUAACCGGUUCAAUCAGUUGCCAAAUCCCCUUUAUAUACUCAAACCCCUAGUACAUAUACAGAGGACUCUGUAUCUAUAUAACUGCUCGAAUCAAAUAUUCAGAUUUUUUUCCGGUUAGGGAUUUACCGGCUUGUGUAUGCGUUGAUUUGAUCUAUGGCGGCGGAGAAGGAGGUUAGCGACAGGAUCAAGGGGCCGUGGAGUGCGGAGGAGGACGAGUUGUUGAAGAAAUUGGUUGAGCGGCACGGCGCUAGGAAUUGGUCGUUGAUAUGCCGAUCGAUUCCGGGGAGAUCGGGGAAGUCGUGUCGGCUGCGGUGGUGCAAUCAGCUCUCGCCGGAGGUGCAGCACCGCCCGUUCACGGCGGAGGAGGACGAGACUAUUCUCAAGGCGCACUCCGAGUUUGGGAACAAGUGGGCGUCGAUCUCGAGGCUGCUCGUCGGCCGCACCGAUAACGCGAUAAAAAACCACUGGAACUCGACGCUCAAGCGGAAAUUCGCCGCGGAUGCGGCGGCCUGCGGCGGCGGCGGGGAGGAGGAGCGGCGGACGCAGGUUUUGAGGCGGAGCGGCUGCCGAGAUAUUUCCGCGGCGAUGAGGCACGGAUUGAAUUUGAUCAGUCACGAGAGCAAUUCAGAUUCAGAAUCCAGCGACUCCGAUAACAAAGCGAACUUGUAUUUUCCGGUGACGAGGAGCGAAUUGGCGGCGCCUCAGAGGAAACCGCCACCCACGGUGGUGGAUGUGGAAAGUAUAAACGACACUGAUUUAACGGCGUUAACUCUUGGUCUGCCAGGAACUAGGAGCGAUUCAUCUGAAAAGUCGAUCGGUGUUAGAGAAUCUCGACGGAGUCAGGGUUCCGGCGAGAGCAGCCGGUUUCCGAUCACGGCGGAGGAAGAGGAAAAUAAACCGCCGUCUUUAGCACCGGAGUUACUCGUGGUAAUGCAAGAGUUAAUCAGGAAGGAAGUGAGAAAUUACCUUUCAGAACAUGGAGAGAUUAACCCCGGAAUUAAACGCAGUGGCAUAAGCAGGAUUAUUGAUUAAUUUUUUAGUAUUGACAGAAAAGUCCCUGAAAGAACCACCACCUCUGAAAUUCUCUCUUCUAUUUUUUUUUUUUUUUUUUUUUUCAUUUUUUAAUUGCUUUUGCAGAUAAGAUGAAGAAAAAAUCUUAUUUUCUUGAAUUGCGGAAGGGAGUGUGAGAAUGGUUAUUAGGAGUGAUGAAAGUUUGGGAUUGGUUUGGAAAUUUUAGGAAGAAAUUCCUGAUUUGUUUGAAUUCUAAUUAGUUGAAAUUUAUUAAGAGAGCAAUUUGUUUCAU